UCGCCGCCGCGCCUGCCUCCGCCGCCGCGCCUGCCUCCGCCGCCAUGCUCUCCGUGCGCGUCCCGUUCGCCCCCGUCGCCCCGGUCGCGGACAAGCAGCCGCGGCUCUCGCCGCUGAAGGGGCUCAGCCUGGCCGACAAGGAGAACACGCCCCCGAGCCUGAACGGGACCCGCGUCCUGGCCAGCAAGACCGCGAGGAGGAUCUUCCAGGAGCCCGAGGAGCCGGUGAGUGGCGGGCGUGCGGCGGGACAGGAAGGUUUACACUGUGACUUUGCCUGCCUGAUGUUCAAACACCUGGUACAUAAACCGUCGGAGCAGAGAGUAAAAGAAAUAAUUAUAAAUGCUGUUAGGAUAGAGCAGGAGUUCCUCACUGAAGCCUUGCCUGUGAAGCUCAUUGGGAUGAAUUGCAUGUUAAUGAAGCAGUACAUUGAAUUUGUGGCAGACAGACUUAUGCUGGAACUGGGUUUUAGCAAGGUAAAGUGGAGCAUUGAGGCCUUGAGUGGGGCUGAGCCUGCUUCAGUGGCAUCAGUAGUUGAAGUCAUCUUCCCUUGGUCAGUUUCAGUGCUUCUUUCCAAGGACAUUCAGCACUGGGAAGCUCUGAAGCCUGAUGAGAAAUAUUUCAUAUCGCAUGUUCUGGCUUUCUUUGCAGCUAGUGAUGGCAUAGUAAAUGAAAACUUGGUGGAGCGAUUUAGCCAAGAAGUUCAGAUUACAGAAGCUCGCUGUUUCUAUGGCUUCCAAAUUGCCAUGGAAAACAUACAUUCUGAAAUGUAUAGUCUCCUCAUUGAUACUUACAUUAAAGACUCCAAAGAAAGGGAAUAUCUCUUCAAUGCCAUUGAAACGAUGCCUUGUGUCAAGAAGAAGGCAGAUUGGGCCUUGCGUUGGAUUGGGGACAAAGAGGCUACCUAUGGAGAACGGGUUGUAGCCUUUGCUGCAGUGGAAGGCAUCUUCUUUUCUGGUUCUUUUGCAUCAAUAUUCUGGCUCAAGAAACGAGGACUGAUGCCCGGCUCCACAUUCAAUGAACUUAUUAGCAGAGAUGAGGGUUUACACUGCUUUGCCUGCCUGAUGUUCAAACACCUUGGUACAUAACCGUCGAGCAGAGAGUAAAGAAAAAUUAUCAUGCUGUUAGGAUAUGAGCAGGAGUCCUCCUGAAGCUUGCCUGUGAAGCUCAUUGGGAAUAAUUGCUGUAUAAUGAAGCAGUACAUUGAAUUUGUGGCAGACAGACUUAUGCUGGAACUCGGUUUUAGCAAGGUGUUCAGAGUAGAAAAUCCAUUUGACUUUAUGGAGAUAUUUCACUUGGAAGGAAAGACUAACUUCUUUGAGAACGAAGAGGCCGAAUAUCAGAGAAUGGGAAGUGAUUCAAGUCCAACAGAGAAUUUUUUUACCUUGGAUGCUGACCUUCUAAAUGAACUGGAGAUCAACCAGGAGGGUGGGGUGCGCUUACGGGUGGAAAUGGAGGACGCCGAGCCCAAGAGUGCCUCUUUCAAGUGGGAUAAUGUCCCUGCCUCCAAGGGCUGUUACGUGGGUCAAGUGAAGUUGCAGGUGGGGGAUGCCCUGGAAAGGGCGCUCGUGGGCGCUCAGCACUGCUUUGUGACAGUUUCUGGCCAGGAGGGCUCUUGGGAUGAGGACACUUCCGCCAUCGUGGACCUGGGGCCCAAGAGGACUGAACCGUCCUUUGGGGGCCUGACCUGGCAGGCCAGUGAUGGCGAACCAGAGCCCCGCUCCCAAGCCCCUGCCAACCUGGGCCCUGGUUUUGUGCUCCCAGAGGGCAUCCUCUCCUCUGGGGCCUCCCUGAGCCACCGCUUGGCCUCAUGA